AUGGAUCCCUGGCCACUCUUGCGGGAGCUUCGGUACCGCACCUGUUUGGAAUAUCCCAAUGCCAAGGAACAACGUGAAAUGGAGGAAAGAUACCUGAAGCCUCUGAGGUCCAUGAAAGGCCCUUGGUGGAAGCAGCCAGAGGCCUUGGAGAUCUUAGCCAAGCAACUGGACGAGGUGGGUUUCGUUGUCAUCGAUGACUUUCUGCCGGAGGAAGUGGUGCGGUCUGUGAAGGCGAACAAUAUGAAGCUCUACGAGCAUUCGGAAAUGCAGGAAGGCAAAACAACUGGUGGCAGCGAGAGGGUUGGCAUCGCCCACCGUUGGGAACCCGGCAUCUCUCGCCAUGGUUCGCGCUGCGUACGGCGUGGCUUAGGUGGUGAUGUACUGAAAUGGAUCGGCUACGAUGGGGAGACUGAAGAGAGCUGCUGCGUACGUACCUUUGCGGAACACAUCGAACACGCGAUGACCUGCAUUGCAGAAGCAGCAGAAGACGUGGCACCAAGUGUGGCAAGCGCAGUCUCAAGUGUGCGCUGGCGCUCUGAGACCAUGCUCACAUGUUAUCCAGGGGCAAAUCGAUACUUUCGACAUACGGACAAUUCCAGAGCAUCCAAUUCCUCUGGAAAUGGGCGCUUGCUGACGGCCUUGGUGUAUCUCAAUGUCAUUGCCUUAGCAAGCUUUGCGGCAACUCUGUGGUACUAUGACCGAAAGAACCCAUCGAUCCGAUUGACAGCCCCUCAGUUGCAACUCCAUUCAUCCAGGAAGUCAACUCCAGGAACGCCAGGAAUUCCAGAAUGA